UGUAAAAUCAGGAGAAACUAAAUGUCAUUUCCAGUUCAGUCCUGACCACAGCAUUACCCUCAUGAAUCCAAAGACACAUGACACACAGGCUCUAGCUACAGUGGUCCACAGCUCCAGCAAGUCUGCAUAUAGAGAAGAAAUCCCAAGUCACAGAGCUGUGGGUCACCCUGGCUUGAAGGAAGGCCCCUCCUGGCAAAGCACCCAGCACUCUUGCCCUGUCUGUGGAGAAGGGUUUUGGAAAAAGAACCACUUGGUGAAGCACCAGAGGAGCCAUUCCAAGGAUGCAUCAUGUAGGGCCUGGAAGAAGUUCAACCAACAAGCUGAUGCGCAGGAGCAGUGGGAUAUCUCCAGGACACAGAGGCACUUCCGAUGUCCUGAGUGUGGGAAGAGCUUCCAUUUGAAGCAGUACUUGCUGAGACAUAUGGCUGUCCAUACAAAGAAGAGCCCAUUCCAGUGCCCUGAAUGCAAAAUGUGCUUCUGCCAGGAACAGACCCUUCUCUGCCACCAUCUCGGGCACAAGGGGGAGACGCCUUCCCCGUACCACAGAUGCAACAAGAGCGGCUUCUCCACGGACAGUGCACAGGCUCCCCAGUGCCAGCACAGAGGGGAGAGGCCAGCCUCCUGGACAAGUGGCAUUGGUGUGCACUCAGGACAAGAGCCAGGACUCGGCCUGGACUGUGAGGAGCACUGCCCGUGGGGGGAUGCAGAAGCUCUGCAGUGGGGCCACAGCCACAGUGGGGAGAGGCCCUUCCCCUGCCUGGAAUGUGGCAGGCGCUUCCUCUCAAGGUCCAAGCUGGCCAGCCACUUCCGAGUGCACGCGGGAGAAAAGCCCUUCCAGUGUUCGGAGUGCAACAAGCGCUUCCGUCUGAGCGGACUGCUAAGGGUCCACCAGCGUGUGCACCGUAGGGAGGGACCAUUCUCCUGCAAGAAGUGCGGCAAGGGCUUCACCAAGCGGUGCAAGCUCACUGAGCACGCCCGAGUCCACAGCGGCGAGAAGCCUUUCUGGUGUGCAGAGUGCAGCAGGGCCUUCCGCCAGAGGGGCCAGCUGCUGAGGCACCAGCGGCUGCACACAGAUGAGAAGCCCUUCCAGUGCCCGGAGUGCGAACUGAGCUUCCGCCUGCAGAGCACGCUGAGAGCCCACCAGCUGCGGCACGGCGGGGAGCGGCCCUUCGCCUGCAGUGAGUGUGGCCGCGGCUUCACGCACCAGUGCAAGCUCCGCGAGCACCUGAGAGUGCACAGCGGAGAGAGGCCCUUCCAGUGCCCCGAGUGCAGCAAGAGCUUCCGCCUGAAGGGCAUCCUGAAGGCGCACCAGCGCACCCACAGCAAGGAGCGGCCCUUCUCGUGCGCCGAGUGCGGCAAGGGCUUCACCCGGCAGUCCAAGCUCACCGAGCACUUCCGGGUGCACAGCGGCGAGCGGCCCUUCCAGUGCCCAGAGUGCGACAGGAGCUUCCGCCUGAAGGGGCAGCUGCUUAGCCACCAGCGCCUGCACACGGGAGAGAGACCCUUCCAGUGCCCCGAGUGCGACAAGUGCUAUCGCGUGAAGGCUGACCUCAAGGCGCACCGGCUGCUGCACAGCGGGGAGAUGCCAUUCUCCUGUGAGUGCGGCAAGGGCUUCGCCAAGCAGUCGAAGCUCGUGGAACACAUCAGGACGCACACCGGGGAGAAGCCUUUCCAGUGUCCCAAAUGUGACAAGAGUUUCCGCCUGAAGGCACAGCUGCUCAGCCACCAAGGCCUGCACACCGGGGAGAGACCCUUCCACUGCCCUGAGUGUGAUAAGAACUUUCGGGAAAGGGGACACAUGCUCCGGCAUCAGCGCAUCCACAGGCCCGAGAGGCCCUUUGCCUGUGGCGACUGUGGGAAGGGCUUCAUUUAUAGGUCCAAGCUGGCGGAGCACAUCAGGGUGCACACAAAAUCCUGCCGCGCUCCCAGUGAGCCCGACAUUAAGAAAAGGCUUAGCCAACUGUUUGCCAUGAUAGAGGCUGACUGGAGUUGAGGCAGGGGACCCGGGAGCGGUAAGCAGAGCUGGUGUUGCCCCGAUCCUCAGCAACGCAGUAAGCACACCAGUAGACAGAUUUUAGCAACAGGGGUCCUAGUUUGAGCAAGAAUGUAAUAAAAAUUAGGAAUAUAGGAGACCAUAAAAGAUUUUCUCUUCCAAAACAUCAAUACGCUGGCGAUGUAUCAGUGGUAGCACUUGCCUAACACACGUGAGGCCCUGGGUCCAAUCCCUGGGACCUCAAGCAAAGAAAAAAAGGAAACUAUCAAUUAUAUUUUCUAUCCAUUGAGAAAAAGAGGUAUUUCUUCUUGCCUUCUUAGGUGGUACUUUUUGCCCAAAUGCUAAGCUAGCUCCAUAAAAUCCCAGCUUGAAUAAGAUCUAAGGAAAUCCCUCCAGUACAUCCUCUGAAAGGAUGGGGUAUCUAUUAAAUGCCAUUUCUACUUUUUAUUUUUUUCAGAAUAUGAUUCUGUGGGUUAAGUCCAGUGAAUUCUGUUCCUGGCUUGAUAUGCCCUUGGAUUUGAUUUUGGCUUAUUUAUUUUGAAACUGAUAGCCAUAAGAUGAAUUCUCUGAAUCUCUCCUCUGUUUAUGUGAAUGCUGAAGGGCUCAUAGUGAUUAUACAUAGUUCCUCCUAAGGAAAUGCUGAUGGUUUCAGCAAAAUGUGGCUAAUCUGAGAAGAAACAAAAAACUACAGGUGCUGAGAGGUUGAGGCAGGAGGUAGAUCCUUGGGACUUCCAGAAGAGAGACGCUACUUGAAGGUGAGUGAGUGAGUGAACCUCUCAAGAGUGAACAUGUGAGCAGUUGAUUAAUGGCUAAUUUAUGGCAAAGUAAUGGAGCUAAACAGGUGAACCAGGAUGCAUUAUAGGCAACAAGAGUUUAGGGAAUUUCCAAGCAAAUGUUGGCAGUAAUACAAAUAAGUCCAGGAAACAGGUGAGGGCUACCCCGUUUGCCAUGUUAGAUGAAAGUUGUGUACAUACUUAGGGUCAGAGUCAUACUCUAUACAAAGAAUUCCUAAUUUUCAGAGGGCUGACCUGAAAUUCUGAGGGAUGAUAGAAAAUUAGAUUUAUCAGUAGACUGUAGUCUAAAACAAUGUUUCACAAAUGAUUUUUCUCUGGAACACUAGCUUUAAAGAUAUUUUGCAGAGAAGAAUUGCAUGGUCAAUUAUACAAAGAGCCUAAUUAAAUUGACUGUUGCUACCUUCUAAAUAUGAAUGAAUACACAAAGAUUAUCAAACUCAUUUAUUUGUUUAUUUUUAUGCUGGGGAUUGAACCCAGCUCCUCUACCAAUGAGACACAUUCCAUUCCCAGUCCUG